ACAGUGGCAAACUGGCAAGUGUCAGCAAUCAGGAAGCAAAACAAAAGGAAGGCUGAUUGCUGUUGGACAUUCCCAAUUUGAAAACUAGAUUUGGAUACCAUGGAGUCAGUGGCAGGCACAAUGCUGAACAAAAGACGUGAUUCCAGAAAAAAUGGGGUUACAGGCUUGCUUACAAAACACCUACGGAAGGCCUUACGUCUCUCUUCCCCUGUGGUCCUUUCCCAGCAUUGUACAGGUUCCUGCCCAAACUUGCAGAUGAGCAGGAAUGAAGCACUGGAUCAACCAAUCAGCAGGGAAGCCCCCUCCAGGGCCCAGUCACCUAUGAAGACUCACCAAGUACUGUGUUUAUCAUUGUCCUCAGAUGGUGUUAGGCAAGACAACAAUCUGGUUUCUCCAGAGAAUCUUGAUGCUCAGAUGAAGCAGACUCACAGUGGUGGAAUAGCUAGCAGCACAGGUUCCUUGGAACAAGCAUCCUUAUUCUGUGUCUCUGUAUCGAGUUCCUCAUCCAGAUCCACUCUACCCAAGCAAAGGGAACCCCUGUCCAAGUCUAAGCCUUUUGUCAGAUCCUCUUUCCUUACACCAUUGCUGUGGAACCACAGCUCUGAACUUGAUAACAGUCUCAUCUCUAUUUCUGGUUCUAAGAAGGGUUAUCGUGGGAGUCUAAAAUCAGGGGUAAACUAUGAUGUUGAGGCAGGAGUGGUGCCUGGCUUUAAUUUUUUGGAGCCACUCAUCAGCAGGGUAACAGACUGCAUAUAUGUGGGGAACCUCCGUGCAGGUUACAGUGGUCAGGCAUUGUGCAAGAACAACAUUGACAGCAUCAUUGACAUGAGCAGCUUGCCCAGGGACUGCAGACUGAAUUUCAUUCCUUGUACCUGUUGUCGAGGUCUGCAGCAUAGCUGGUCCCGCCUCAAGGUGCACAUCCAGGGGCCCUUGGACAAGGAAUGUCAUUCUCUGCAACAGCCAUGCUUCCGGGACAUCAACACCUGCAUAGAUGCCUCUCUGGAGAAAAGGAAGCGGAUUCUGAUUCAUUGUCGGGAUGGCUAUUCUCUGUCUCCUACCUGUGUCAUCCAGUACCUGAUGGUGAAACAUCACAUGAGAUUGCUGGCUGCUUAUGAAUUUGUCAGGGCAAGAUACCCGGUAAACAUCCAGGAAUGCCACCGUGACCUGCUGGUGGAUUUGGAGAGGUCGCUGUGGCCAGGAGAAAUAGACAUGGAGGGUUUCAAACAGGCCAUGGCAAGAAAGAUGGCAUGGACGUAAGGCCAGACUAGAAGUUGGGGAUGGGGGUUUCAUGCACACAGAGCUGCCUCAAUUAUGUACAAAGAAUGGUGAGCAUAUGGGGCAGGAGGUCAGACAUUUUAUUUGUACUUCCUUUCCUGAUAUGUGUUUUUGUGCCUUGGAAUACAAAAAUAUGAAGAACACUCUUAAAUUUUAUCAUCCUUGUCAAAAUACUUGGCUGGGGAAAAAAAUGAUCUUGGCAAGAUUUUUUACAUUUUGGUACUUUUUCUGAAAAAUUCAUUUGCAGAAAAAGUGGAUGUUUUGUGCAAUCUUUCUUUCUUUCUUUCUUUCUUUCACAAAAAGGUCUCUUUUGCACAAAAUACAUUGUUUUCUCUGCAGGACUGUAAUUUUUGUACCAAAACCAGCCCCCCCCCCAAAAAAAACACAAGAGUUUUUUUUUUGGGUGGGGGGUGGGGGGUGUGAAACAAUGGUUUUGAUAAUCAGGUUACAAAAUGUAAACAGUUGUUGAAAAAUACAGAAAAACACUUGUGAUCUCACCCACUGGGGAGCAAGAUUUUGAGAUGAUUCAUUCAUGUGUGAAUGCACAAAUGCUAGGAAUGAAGAUCUAUAUCUCAAGCCAUAAAGCAGGAAGAAGGCUUCUGCAUUUUUUAUCCAUUUCCCCAAAUCCCCCCCCCCCCCAGCCAAUAUGGGCAUGCUGCACGUGGAAAUUCUGCAAACUAGUCAAAAAAAUGUAGUUCCCCUUUUUCUGACUCUUUCGUGCUUUUAAUUUUGAAUCCCCACUUCCACUUUCUGUGAGAAGGUCCAUGUUCACACACAUAGAACCACUGCCCUCACAACUGGUAUAGACAAUGGAGAAUGUAUAUCAAAUAGCAGGACAUUGGAACUGAUUUGAGCACUGAGUCAUAACCUGAAACUCUUCCACAAAGCUAUCACCAUUAUUGUUGCUGUAAUGAGGUCUUUAAUACAAAGGGACUGCAUUAUCCUAUGUCAUAGCACUGGUUCAUUCUCACCUGGCAUAAUCAUUUGCAGAUUGUCUCCCUGAGAUUUUUCAGUGUCAGAUGCCAAGGAUUGAUCUGAUGCAUGCAAAGUUUGCGCUUUAUCCCUGAGCCACAUAGAGUCCUCUGUGCUUAGAGGCUGUGCUUUUUGAAAGACUACAAUUCCCAGAAUCUCCAUGGCUGUGUUGUGUGGAGGAUUCUGGGAGUUGUAAUCUUUGAAAAGUAACAUUCAUAAGUUCCCUUGAUAAUGUUUACUGUUUUUUAUUUUUUAAAGAAAUUGCACUUUUCCUACUAAGGGAAGAGAGACUCUUCCAACUCUAUGACUUCAGGCUAAUGAUGUUUCACUUCCCAACUACUGAAAAUCUUAGGGCUUCAGGUUACUUCCGAGAAGCAAUCACCUUGCUUUUCAAUCACAAGAACUUUGUCUUGUUACUAUGAUGAAUGCUUGGUCCCUGUUGUCCCUGUUGGUGC